AGAACAGAAAAAGGAGAAUAAAAAGGAAAAGAACGAAGAAUGAAAAGGGGGAAAAAAACAGGGCACCCUCACGGCGAACUCCCCACCUCCUAUCGCCCCCCUCUCUCUAGCGCCGCACAAAUCUCUCCUCCCCCGCUCGCCCUCGCUGCAUUGGGCGCCGCCAAGCCCCCGCCGGAUAGAGAGGACGAGAAGCGGCGUGGCUGCGGGAGGAGCGGGCGGCAUGUGCGACCUGGUGGCCCGCACGGGCCGGCACCAGCAGCGGUACGAGGAUGGCCGUCGGCUAGUGGCCGGAUGCAUACCAUUUAGGUAUAGAGCUAACAAUGAUGAAACCUCUGGUGACAAAACUAAGAAAGUCGUGGAAGUUCUCAUGAUAAAUUCCCAGAGCGGACCUGGUCUUUUGUUUCCAAAGGGAGGAUGGGAAAAUGAUGAAACUGUUGAAGAGGCAGCAGCUCGAGAAGCUAUAGAAGAAGCCGGAGUUCGAGGUGAUAUAGUGCAUUUUCUGGGGUCGUAUGACUUCAAAAGCAAGACACAUCAAGAUGCGUGCUGCCCUGAGGGUAUGUGCAGGGCUGCAGUGUUUGCGCUGCAUGUAAAGGAAGAGCUGAACUCAUGGCCUGAGCAGAGCACCCGGCAGAGGACCUGGCUCACGGUUCCUGAAGCUGCAUCCAGGUGCCGGUACCAGUGGAUGGAAGAGGCCUUGCUCACAGGCUUCUCUGACUGGCACGACAAGUGGAGCAUAGGUGACGGCGGUGGCGGCGGUGCCAACUGUGUGACCCGGCCUAACUGCUGAUGAACCCAUCUGCAGUCGUCCAAUUUGUCCAUCCUCCCCCAUUUCCCCUAGGCUCCGACAUUGCGUAACGCAAUAAAUACAGUGUACUUCUCUCGAUGCUGGGUUGGUCAUUGACCCUUGGAUGGUUAUCUUAGUUAUUAGUGGGACGAGGUAUAUAGUAUUUAUAUCUGAUGAAGACGAGAAUUCUCACAACUUUUAAGUGUCGAUUCUCGUGCCUGUUUAUUUCUCGGUUUCAGGUCAGCUGCAGCCUGCAGGCAGGCACGCACCCUGCGCACUUUGUAACUCUGCUCCUGAUUCUGGAGAUGCACAUCCUGUGUAUGAACUGAACUGGUAUAACUUGAAAAUAACUGUUAAGUCAA